AUGGCGGAUUCGUCGAGGAGAGAGAGAGAGAGAGACGAGGAGAUAUCAUCGUCGCGGAGUCGUCGAGGAGGCGUCGAGGAGAUCGACAGAGAUCAGGAGAGAUCAUCGUCGCAGAGUCGUCGAGGAGGCGUCGAGGAGACCGAGAGACACGAGGAGACAUCAGCGCCGAUUGAUCACGGAGCCUUCAGGGAGAUCGAGAGACACGAGGCGACAUCAGCCAUGAUUGAUAACUCAGCCAUCAUGGUGGAGUCGACGGAGAGAUUGGUUUCGUCUAGAGAGAAGAUGGCGGAGUCGUCGAGGAGAGAGAGAGAGACGAGGAGAUAUCAUCGUCGCGGAGUCGUCGCGGAGUCGUCGAGGAGUCGUCGAGGAGGCGUCGAGGAGAUCGACAGAGACCAGGAGAGAUCAUCGUCGCGGAGUCGUCGAGGAGGCGUCGAGGAGACCGAGAGACACGAGGAGACAUCACCGCCGAUUGAUCACGGAGCCUUCAGGGAGAUCGAGAGACACGAGGCGACAUCAGCCGUGAUUGAUCACUCAGCCAUCAUGGUGGAGUCGACGGAGAGAUUGGUUUCGUCUAGAGAGAAGAUGACGGAGUCGUCGAGAGAAAAACACGAACGACUUGUGUUUCAUGAGAGAGAGAGAAAGAAACGCGGAGUGCUGAGAGAGUGA